UACAUAACCAUGACUUACUUAUAGCAUUUUAAAAACACUAAAAUAAUGCAUGCAUAGAACACCAUACUUUCUACCCACGCCACAUGCAUAUUGACACAAAUGUAUGGAAAAAACACAUCCUGGAUACAUUAACCAAUGAGGGAAUGAUUUAAGAAUACUUAACCACUAUUACUGAGUUAAGGAACUAAGUGUGGGAAAGCAGUGGCAGAAAAUGUGAAGAUGACACGUUCCAACUGUCUGAAGAACAGUUUCCGGGUGACAUCGGGCUUUAGUGUUGAUCAGAUCAAAUCCCUGGCACACCUGUAUGCAGAACACAAGGAGUUCCAAGUUGUAGGGGACAGUAGUUAUGAAGGUCGAGAGUCUUUAAACAGGAAGAUACGGCCCCACAUUUGUGACAUCCUCGACCUGAAGGUUGACGCCAUUGUGUGCCCUACACAGACUGACCUUCACCUUGAACCUUACGGAUUGGCUCACCAAGUGUUGGCCAAGGGUGGGUUAUUGCUACAGGAGACAUGCAGACAGAUAGGGACCAUCCCUGUGGGUCAGGCAGAGCUCACUGGGGGUUAUGAGUUGGAUUGUAAUUAUGUGAUCCACACAGCAGGUCCUCCUCCAGAUACCCUCCUUUCCUACCUCCAGAGGAAAGAGUGCCUAAAGAAGAGUUACCUUUCCUGUCUCAGGAAGGUUAGGGACAACCAUGACAUCAGAACUGUGGCCUUCCCAGUGCUUGGUUCUGGUGGGGCGGGUAUGCAGCUUGUGGAUGCUGUGAAAAUAGCUGUCACCUCCAUCAGGCAGUGGCUAGAAAAAUCCAGGAAUGCCAAGGCGGUUGACAGCGUGGUAUUGUGCAUGUACAGUGAGGAACAAUGGCAGGCAUACUUCCCCGAACUCACAGUGGCAUUCCCAUAUGGCAAAGAUGUGGCAGGGUUUGAUCAAGAAGAGCUACCAAUAGUUCCCAGGACUGCUCUUUUCCACCCAGCUGAAACUAUAGCCACCAACAUCCAAUGUUACAAGUACCAGCCCCCUGCUAGAAGACAGGUCUGCAGGCAUUUCCAGGCUCUUGUAACAGAGUGCCAUGCUGGGCUCGAAGAUUCUUCUCUGGAGCGAUUCAGAUUUACAGCUAUUUUCCAAAACUCUUGCCCUCCAACGCAUCGAGUUCUACUUCAUAACAAUGUGGACCUUUCAGCUAUUGAAAUACAGGUGGUUUGCCACUCCAGAAAAGAAGAGGACUUGGACGACACUCUCUGUAGACGAAUACAGAAUUUGGUGAAAUGUUACCUGCUCUCUGCUUUGGAAAACAUUUCCAAUUUUUCCACAUUUGUGCGCUGUGAAAAAUCUGUUAUGGGUCAGCGCGGGAUGAUGUAUGAUGCAGACUUUCUACAAGAUCUGGCCAACCGGAAUGAGACACAGCCCUGCGUACACUCCUGUGACAAAGACACACACCUCCUUAACCCACUGACCAUGCUGAAAUACUGGAGAUGGCAGAGAAGAGCACAUAGAAGCCUGAAUGUCCAAGUAGACAAAAGAUCCCCACAGCAACAUGAUGAACAGGGAGACCAAUCAAAUAGUUGCUCUGAAAUCAAUGACUUCUCCAACACUGAAGCAAGGCCCAGUUCCCCAUAUAGCCCGGCUAUUGUGCGAGGAGCCCCUGUAGAAAUUGAAUGGGUGGAUUCUGGCUCAUCUGGGAGUUUGAAAUCAGAUGCAGAUAAUGGCAUGUAUCAAGCAGAAAGAGUUCAUAAGGAAACAGUUGGCCAAGACCAGAAUAACAACAUUAACAAUGAUGAAAGGGGAGAUAACAGCAGCACCUCCUCAUGGAGCCCGCUGGGAUCCUUAAUGAGCCUGUUCAGUUGGAAACAACACCAUGAAUUACCUACAAGAAACAUAGUGGAACAUGAACAUCACACUUUUCAACCUAUGGAUGACAGUCUGAUGAAUAGUGUUCCUAGAGUGGAUGAAACCAAGCAAAAGACUCCUUGUAAUGAACAUAAAAAGUCAAAUUCCCAAAUUACUAGUAACUCAAAAAUGCAGAGUGAGAUAACAGGUACCUCCUCUGGAAAAGUGUUUCAUGCCUCCGUACAUGAGAAUAAGCAUACAUCUGGCACUAAAGAUAUGCACCAAAGAUCUCUCUGUGCUCACUGCUCCCAUGAUAAGAGGUCACAUCCAACCAAUAACUUAAUCGCAAAAAGUAAUAUCUGCGUAAGUUGCCAGCCUGUAAAUGAGCAAGCCAUUGGUGCUUGUGGAGGCAGGGUCCCUAUCUCUAUGAACAAUCUUACUCCUUUUGAUCCAUUUACAAACAACACAUAUUCUAAUAAUAUGAACAUUAAUUCUGUGAGUGACAGAGACUUUCUCAGGCUUGCCAAGAAAAUAGGCAACAAGCAAAGACAACUGGGGCUUGAGCUUGGUCUUCCCUAUGCAGAAAUACAAGUGAUAUGUGAGAACAACCCUAGGGAUGCUGAGAUGCAGGGGUUUGAAAUUAUAGCCGCUUGGAGACAAAGACUGGGGGGUAGAGGUACCCUGAAUGAUCUAUUGGAUGCAAUGAGUUCUUGUGGAAUUGACACCAAUACUGUUGAUAGAGAACUGAACAUCUGAAAGUGUGGUUUUCUGUGAUAGUAUAAAGGUCAAGUGGUUCAUGUAAUCUAGUAUUUGAUGCUGUUUCAAGCUACCAGCUGGUUCAUGUAAUCUAGUAUUUGAUGCUGUUUCAAGCUACCAGCUGGCUCGUGUGAUCUAAAUUUUAAUUAAGUUUUGAGUUACAACCUUUCUUUGUACUUGUAUAAUGAAAUGUACAUUUUUUUUUUUUUUUUUAUUGCAAUGCAUUUAAUCACCGUUAAUCCGAACACUGUUUAUUCGAAAUUAUCGCUUUUUCAAAUUUAUAUUUAGGUCCCAGUUUUAUUUCUUCUUGGAUUAAUGAAAAUUUUCAGCAAUAAUCCCUAUUUUGAAUUUAUCAAUUUUUCAAGUUAAGAUUACCAUCCUGAUUCGAUAUUUCACACCUAUUUAUCAAUCAUUGUUUGACCUUGGUCAUUUCAUAGUUUUCACACCAACUACGGAGAUAGCACGCAGGCAUCGUCUUGAGGUGAUAAUGAAGCACAUUUGGCGCUUGUUAAAGAAUUACAUUGAGCAUGCGUAUGUAACAAACAUUGGUGUAUGAUAAGAAGCGAUUUAUUUUGGGUGUAGUUUGUAUAUAAUUUACACAAUCUGAACGUCAUUUGAAUUGUCUAUCUAAACCGUGGCGGAGAUGGGCCCAGUUCCUAUCUGGGAGGAUGUCUAAAUCAGAAGUGAAAGAGAAGUAUGAAAACAAAGUGCAGCAAGACAUCAAAUCAUUCUUUAAAAAAUAACUCGAAUGAUACUAAGUUAACUUAGUCUAACUUCAGUGCAUGUUUACUUAACAAUGCAAAAUAUUGGUAACGUAAGGCCGACAUUGCAAUCUUCACAACUAAAUAAUUUAUGUCAUCAAUAUUUUUUUCUAAUAAUUGUUAAUUCGAAAUAUCAUUAAUCAGAAGUUUUUAUCUGGGUCCCGACGACUUCGGAUGAACGGUGUUAAAAUGCAUUUGCCAACUGCCAUAGAAUCAUGUUAAAGAGUGUACCUAAAAUUCUUAACCUAGUUCUCUGAAAUCUUGAAUGUGUAUUUUUUUCAUUAAUUAUUGGAACUUUCCUUGCUGAAAAUUGUGAUUGUGAACAUAAGAAUUAUUA